CUCUUGCAUAGACAACAGGCAUCAACCGCAGGAUGACAGUCGCAACUUGUGAGCACAGUGUUAUGGGAAAAGGGAAGACUGUUCUCGUGAACACAUCAAAUGCCCAUAAAAAAGCGGAAUUUCAGCGGUAUCUAUCCCCAAUGGAAGUCAAAAGUACAACAAUAGAUAUCCGCGAACCAGUGUCCUCCGACCCUUUUACAAUCGUUCAAUACAAGGCUUCCCAAUUUCCAGCUGAUGCGCCCGUUCUUGUAGACGAUACUAGCUUAGAUAUUGAAGGUAUGCAGAUAGGACCGAACGUCAAAUGGCUGUUGGGCGAGUUGCCGAACAUUGCCAAUGGAACUCGCGCCGCCUUCGUUUGCAUUCUUGGAAUACGUCAUGAGAAUCACAUUCACCUGUACCGGUCCAGCACUCCUGGACAAAUUGUUCAGCCUCCGAGGGGAAAAGACUAUGGGUUUCGCGCCUACUUUCAACCGGACGGAUGUGCCUUAACCAUGGGAGAACAAAUCUUUGACGAGUUCAAUGCUCGAUACCAUUCUGUUGAAAAGUUCAAAAACAAUAAGCCUACUGAAGUUAGAUGCGUUGUGGAAACGUGGGAAGGUGACUUCCAAACUGACUGAAUGUCGGGACGUUAUCUAGAUUAGACAUUGAUCAGAAGAGCCUUGCGAGUGGAGAUAUGAAACUCUGGAUUCUGUUGCUGGUCCGGUCGGGCAGGCAGUGGGAGUAACAGUGUUGUACUGUUACCCGGGCUGGAAAACGCUGUCACCUGUUCGUUGACCCGGUCGAUGACUGAAAGCUACAGAAGGCAGAUUGAUGAGACACAUAAUCGAGGUGGUACCUCUGCACAGAAGCGGCUGUACAUAUCAGUAGCCCGACCAUCAUUACCAGAUAAUGGUCGUUCAUGAACCUUCAGGGCUAUUAGGUGUUUGGAAUAUCUUAGAAACGAGAUAGAGAACAGGUGGUGGGGUUAUGACAUGAUGACCUUUGGCUGAUCAAUAUAUUUGGGAGUAUUUGAAACUUUCAAUGUCAAUUACCA